GGAAUUACAAAAUCAAGAAGGGGUGGGGUGAGACAUUACAGGUAUAAAAGCAUCAGCAGGCUGAGCCCACAGCGCGGCUCUUCCAGAGGCAGGACAAACCGAAGAUGCGCACCUUGGGAGCUGCAGUCGCCCUCUUGCUCUGGGGCCAGCUUUUCGCAGUGGACACUGGCAAUGAGGGUACAGGUAACACAGAUGACAACUGCCCAAAGGCCCCUGAGAUUUCAAAUGGCCACGUGGAGCACUUGGUUCGCUACCAGUGUAACCACUACUACAGACUGCGCACUGAAGGAGAUGGAGUGUAUGCCUUAAACAGUGAGAAGAAGUGGACAAAUAAGGCCACUGGAGAGAAGCUUCCUGAAUGUGAAGCAGUGUGCGGAAAGCCCAAGAACCCAGUGGAUCAGGCCCAACGGAUCCUGGGUGGAUCAGUGGAUGCCAAAGGCAGCUUUCCCUGGCAGGCUAAGAUGAUUUCUCACCAUAAUCUCACCUCAGGGGCCACACUGAUCAAUGAACAAUGGCUGUUGACCACGGCUAAAAAUCUCUUCCUGGGUCAUGCGGAUGAUGCGAAAGCAAAAGACAUUGCCCCUACUUUAAGACUCUAUGUGGGGAAAACUCAGCUUGUGGAGGUUGAGAAGGUGAUUCUCCACCCUAACUACCUCCAGGUUGACAUUGGGCUCAUCAAACUCAAACAGAAGGUGCCCAUUGAUGAGAGAGUAAUGCCCAUUUGCCUGCCUUCAAAAGAUUAUGCACAAGUGGGACGUAUAGGUUAUGUGUCUGGCUGGGGGCGAAAUUCCAAUUUUAAAUUUACUGAGCUACUGAAGUAUGUUAUGUUGCCUGUGGCUGAGCAGGAUAGCUGUGUAAAGCACUAUGAAGGCAGCACACAGCCUGAAAAGAAGCAAGCAAAAAGCCCCGUAGGAGUGCAGCCCAUGCUGAACGAGCACACUUUCUGUGCUGGCUUGUCCAAGUACCAGGAAGACACCUGCUAUGGUGACGCUGGCAGUGCCUUUGCCGUCCACGACGAGAAGGACGACACCUGGUAUGCGGCCGGGAUCCUGAGCUUCGAUAAGAGCUGUGGAGUGGCUGAGUACGGUGUGUACGUGAAGGUGCCAUCCAUCCUGGACUGGGUUCAGAAAACCAUAGCCGACAACUAAUGCAGGGCUGGGUGGAAGCCCUUGCCUGAAAGCAAGCAAGAUUUCGCUCUGGAAGGGGGAAAACUGGGAGUGCAGGGGAUAAAACCUGGUGUGAAACCAAUGGGUUCCAGCCCUGCACGGCUGAAAUAAAGAGCUUUCUUCUGA